AUGACGCUUUUUACACCUGAUCAUAAGCCUGUCCAAAUGGCCGACGUAUAUGCAAGCCGCUCAACGAUUAUAAGAGUACAGGGGGUGGAUAUAUGUUUUAAAGUGGAUGAUAGGUGCUAUGCGAAGAAAACGUACGGAGAGUUCCCCGAUGGUCUUUAUUUAAAAGUGGGAAGGAAGUUGGGUAUGAGAUAUUAUAGCAUUCUUGAUAACUCUGUCGAGGGUUGA